AUGCGAUCCCAAAUAUCUCGCAAUCUUAUUUCACCCCUUAGACACCAGGUCAUCCCCAUCCGACUUGGACCGAGAUUUAGCUCCCGAUUCUUGUCCUCGACGCGCAAGCCUCCUCAUUCGAAGACAAGCAGCACCAAGCCUCUUAUAGCUGCACCAACCAUUCCAUUUUUUGGUGCCUUUUUCAGUUCCAACAACAACCCCGAAAAAGCAACCGAUACAAUGUCCCACCCCGACCAGAGAAGCGAAGAGCAGUGGAGAGCUGUUUUGAACCCAGAACAAUUCCGCAUUCUUCGUGAAAAGGGUACUGAAGCCCCUGGUUCCGGUGAAUACGAUUCCCACCACCCAUCGAAAGGCGUCUACAAUUGCGCUGGUUGCGAUGCGCCGCUUUACACUGCCGACCAGAAGUUUAAAUCUGGCUGUGGCUGGCCAGCAUACUUCGAUUCCGUCCCUGGCGCUGUGACAAGACAGGUUGAUAAUUCCUUCGGCAGGAAGCGGACAGAGAUCGUAUGCACCAACUGUGGGGGUCACCUCGGUCAUGUAUUCGAGGGUGAGGGGUAUCCGACUCCCACGGACGAACGCCACUGCGUGAAUAGUGUCAGUCUGCGUUUCACAGAGGAUACUAGCGCUGUUAAGAAUCCUCAGUCGAAAGCUUGA